CUGAGGCACAGUGGACAAGGUGGUGACUUUUAUACAUCAGAAGAUCCUUAAAAUAUUAUUUAAAUUGUAUUAACUGUAAGAGAGCAGAGAAUUUAAUGUUAUUUGCUGUCUAAUAUCUGGGUGCUGGGCACAGUUUUAGCCACAUGUGGUCAGAAUACCAAGGAGAACUGCACCUACUUCGUAAACCAAGGUUACCCGGGACCCUAUGAUGGUACGGGAUCCUGUCAACUUACUAUCAACAAGGCACAUCCUGACAUCUGUCAGUUCAGGUUGGACUUUGAUCAAUUCAAUAUCGCAGGCCCAGAGCCAAUUGAUCACAUGUGCAACAGUGAUCAGUUUAUUGUAGCCGGUGGUAAUCCUGCCCCGGCCAUAUGCGGAAUUAAUACUGGAAACCACAUGUACAUAGAUGCAGGAGUGGGAAACACCAAUCCUGUGACACUCAACUUUGUAACCAGUGGACCAUCUUUCCCACGAAACUGGAAGGUCAAAAUCUGCCAGAUUCCAUGCAACACCAUCUACAGAGCUGAAGAGGGAUGUCUCCAGUACUUUACUGGUGUGUCUGGACAGAUAAAGUCCUACAACUACGACCCAGGGGCAGGCCUUCAGUUAUCUAAGCAAGAUUACAGCAUCUGUAUCCGCAUGGAGAGGAACUUCUGCGGAAUUCAGUACACAGCCUGUCCUGACACAGUGAACAACAGGACGCAUGCGUUCACUCUCUCUGGCAACACUCAAGGUCAAACUGCAGUAUCCUCAAGUACAGGUACGAUCGGCCCUAACUCCUGUAACACAGACUGGCUCAUUAUCCCAUGUGCUACAAAUGUUGGCAGAACUGGAUUACCGGCAUGCAUAGAUCGCAUCUGCGGGGGAACUUUCAACACAGAAAUCUCGACAACACCGGCAACAGUAAUCAGCACAGUAAAACCAUUCAGGCUGACUGUCCACACAAACAAUGUUGAAGCUCCAAAUGACGUGGGCAACAGAGGAUUUUGCCUGAACUACGUGCAGCAACCCUGCACAAAUAAUCUCGAUGUAUAAAGGUACAAAUUGUAUCAAUGUUUUGU